UUUUCUUUGCUUGAAUCGUGCGCCGGUGCAGAGUUGCAAGAAUAUUAAUGGCACGGAAAAACACUACUUCAUCUAGACUCCAAAGGAACGUCAAAGAGAAAGUUCGAAGAUUGCAUAUGAAAAAUCUCCUCGCCAAACUUGCUCCCCUCGUUCAUCCAAAUCCCUCCACGUUAUCAGGACCUGAAGUUCUAGUUCAAGCCACCAGCCAUGUGAAGCAGCUUCAAGGAAGAAUUGAAGAACUGAGGAAUAGAAGGAUGGAGAUGCAAUCUACCAUGAAUAACAGCAGCAGCUCAGCGAGAAUACCAGUAAUGGAGAUAAGAAGCAGGGAUGAUGUUUUUGAAGUGAAUUUGAUAACUGGAUUGCGUAAGAACUUCAUGUUACAUGAGGUUAUCAACGUUAUUCAAGAAGAAGGAGCUGAGGUUACAAGUUUUGCUCAGUUUAAUGACGGUGACUGCGUUUUCCAUAUAAUUAGGGCAAAGGCUAUCAGUGCUAGAAUUGGAAUAGAGAUAUCGACAAUUGAGGAGAAGCUAAAAGAAGUGGUUUACUGAUCAAUCCUAUUCAAGUUUGGAUAUAUAUUCCUAUGACAGUCUCUCAAUGUCACAGAAUAAAAUGUUCGUCUUGCCUGCUUCUAUCUUUAUCGUUAAGCUUGUAUCAUGGCUCAGCUCAGUGCCUGCCUCAUUUAUAUCUAUAUGAUAUAAUUGCUC